AUGUUCUGGUUCGCUCGUCGCUCUUACACGAUAAUCAAGCAUUCUUCUUCUCCUUAUUCGACUUUGGUUUCUGAUGGUAAGCAUUGUAAGAACAUCGUCUCGAUUCAAUACCUUCAUUCUCUUCUGCGGAGAAAUGAGUCGAACCCUAGAAUCAUCCACCAGCUCCAUUCUCAUUUCACAACUUCUGGGCUUCUUCUUCUUCACCAGAAGCAAAACUCUGGGAAACUUUUUCUAUUCAAUACUCUGCUUCGAUGCUAUUCUCUUGGCGAAACACCUCUUCGUGCUUACUUCCUCUACGACCAACUCCAACAGCUUCAUUUCUUGUCUGAUCACAAACAGAGACUGCCUCCUUUUGAUAGUUUCACUUACCUCUUUCUCCUGAAAGCGAGUUCGAAUCCGCGAUUCCGGUUACUACUUCUGGGAAUUGGACUCCAUGGUUUGACGUUAAAACUGGGUUUUGAGUUCCAUGUCUACGUGCAGACAGCUUUGGUUGGUAUGUAUCUUGUUGGUGGAAACAGAGUUGAUGCAUACAAAGUGUUCGAUGAAAUGCCUGAGAGAAACCAGGUAACUUGGAAUGUGAUGAUCACUGGCCUGACUAAUUUAGGAGAGUUUGGAAAAGCUCUUUGCUUUUUGGAGAAGAUGCCGAAUCGAACGGUAGUGUCUUGGACCACUGUUAUUGAUGGCUAUGCACGAGUGAAUAAACCCAAGGAAGCUAUACUCUUGUUUUCGAGAAUGGUUGCUUGUGAUGCGAUAAAUCCUAACGAGAUAACCAUUCUCGCGAUUCUCCCAGCUGUUUGGAACUUAGGAGACCAGAGAAUGUGCGAAUCGGUUCAUGCUUAUGUAAGGAAAAGAAGGUUUGUUCCAUGUGACAUUCGUGUGACUAACUCUCUUAUCGAUGCUUAUGCAAAAUGUGGGUGUAUCAAAAGCGCAUUGAAGUUUUUCAUGGAGAUUCCAAACGAAAGAAAGAAUCUGGUAUCGUGGACAACGAUGAUCUCGGCGUUUGCAAUGCACGGAAUGGGCAAAGAAGCGGUCAGUAUGUUCAAAGACAUGGAAAGACUCGGGUUGAAACCAAACAGAGUGACCAUGAUCAGUGUUUUAAACGCUUGUAGCCAUGGAGGCUUAGCAGACGAAGAGUUUCUAGAGUUUUUCAACAAAAUGGUAAGCAAGUACAAGAUAACUCCGGAUGUGAAGCACUAUGGAUGUCUAGUAGAUAUGUUGAGAAGAAAAGGAAGAUUAGAAGAAGCGGAAAAGAUCGCAUUGGAGAUUCCGAUUGACCAAAAGGUCGUGGUUUGGAGAAUGCUUCUUGGAGCUUGUAGCGUUUACGAUGAUCCUGAAAUGGCUGAGAGGGUUACUAGGAAGCUAAUGGAGUUGGAGAAGAGCCAUGGAGGAGAUUAUGUGCUUAUGUCUAACGUAUUUUGUAGUACUGGAAGAUUUACAGAUGCACAGAGAUUUCGUAAACUGAUGGAUGUUAGAGGUGUAGCUAAACUUCCAGGACAUUCACAAUUAACAUAG